CACCUGACUUCUCUGCCCCGCCCCUCCCGUUGUCAGUCACCCGCCGCGGAGGUUAGCUCCUGGCUGUAGCAGUUAGCCGUCAUUGGGCGUGCUACGUUUGUUGCCUCCGCGCAAAUCACCCCGUAACCACAAGUGCAGUCUAUGGCGGCCACAGCCAGGGACCCUCCGCUGAACCACAGCGACUUCCAGGAGCUGGAGGACACCGAGGACCUGUUCCUGGAGCUGGCGGGCGGCCCUCGCGAGGAAGUGUACCCCAGCAGUGGGAAGUCCAACGGGCCCAAGCUUGACUUUGACGAUGACGCAGACGAUCUGUUUGGCGAGGCCACAGAGGAAGUGUCACUGGACAGCCCGGAGAGAGACGUCUUGCUGUCGGACGGCCCGUCGCCCGCCAUCACCCCCAUCACGCCGCCCACCUCCGUCCUCACACCGCGCUUAGGACACGGCCACAACGAUAUGCUUACACACUCUUCCUUCGAUGAGCUCGAAGAAGAGUCCAGCGACACGUUGGACAUUUCCAUCUCUGUGUCGGACCCCGAGAAAGUCGGCGACGGCAUGAAUGCGUACAUGGCCUACAAGGUGUCCACCAAGGCAUCAUCGUCAUUGUUUAGGCUCCCCGAGUUCUCGGUCAAGCGUCGCUUCAGCGACUUCCUGGGCCUUCACGGGAAGCUGGCGUCCAAGUACAUGCACGUGGGCUACAUCGUGCCUCCCGCUCCGGAGAAGAGCAUUGUGGGAAUGACCAAGGUGAAGGUCGGGAAGGAGGACCAAUCGUCAAACGAAUUUGUGGAGAAGAGAAGGUUGGCUUUGGAGAGGUACCUGAUGCGCACGGUGCAGCAUCCCGUCCUGCUCAAGGAUCCCGACCUCGUGCAGUUUCUGGAGAGUUCCGAGUUGCCGCGGGCCGUCAACACGCAGGCUCUGAGUGGCGCCGGCCUCCUCAGGAUGGUCAACAAGGCGGCUGACGCCGUCAACAAGAUGACCAUCAAGAUGAACGAGUCGGACACUUGGUUCGAGGAGAAGCAGCAACAUUUUGAGAAUCUCGACGCACAAUUGAGGAAACUUCACGUCAGUGUGGAGUCACUUGUGUGUCACAGGAAAGAGUUGUCCCAGAGCACGGCACAGUUCGCCAAGUCAGCGGCCAUGCUGGGCAACAGCGAGGACCACACGGCGCUAUCCCGAGCUUUGUCUCAGCUGGCUGAGGUGGAGGAGAAGAUAGAGCAGCAGUACCAGCAGCAGGCCACCGCUGACUUCUACUUCCUGGCCGAGCUGCUCGGAGACUACGUGCGCCUCCUCACAGCUGUUAAGGCCGUGUUUGAGCAGCGCGUGAAGGCCUGGCAGAGGUGGCAGGACACUCAACUGCUCCUGCAGAAGAAACGAGAGGCCGAAGUCAAACUGCAGUUUUCAAACAAAUCCGACAAGUUGCAGCAGGCCAAAGACGACAUCAGAGAGUUGGAGGGCAAAGUCCAGCACUGUGAGCGAGAAUUUGAGCAAAUUUCCAGAAUCAUCCGCCGCGAAGUGAGUCGCUUUGAGAAGGAGCGCGUCAAUGACUUCAAGAACAUUAUCAUCAAAUAUUUGGAAGCCCUCGCGCUCACGCAACAACAGCUGAUAAAGUACUGGGAAGCGUUCUUACCAGAGGCCAAAGCCAUCUCAUAGACCGCCCACAAUGCACCUGGCCUCCUCCUUUCCUAAACGGGGACUGUCGGAACUCUUCCUCCUCCCUCCUCUUUUUCUUCUUCAUCACCUGACCGGGGCACAGCUUCUUUUUCCCCCCACGACACUUGAACGAUCUCUACUUUGUUUUUCAUGAAUCUGUGUCAGCUUUUGGCCUUUCACCAAACCUUCGUGUCUUGUUAAGUGGCAAAAAAAAAUCACGUCAAAGGCUCACUCUUGAAUUGCUCAAAUUAUCACACUAAUUUCGAAAACUCUUUCAAUGUUUACAAACAUUUGUUUUUGAAGUUUCACUUACCGGCUAACCUUAUGCUAACACUAUCAACAACAACAAAACGCUGAAUUAUACAUGUAGCUUGUACUUUUCUCCGAUAUUUUUGUCUUUUGGGAGCAGCUAAGCUAAUCAACAAAAUACUAAUUUAUUUCCGCCAAAAUGUGAAAUCAGAAGAAUGUUCAUAAAAACGUGAAAAAGCCUCGCCUGCUUAGUUUUUUCACUUUGCUUAACCACUCAAAUGGUAUGGUAACGAGCCGCUAGCUAGUGUGAAGAGCAUUUCAAUAUCUUAAAUUGCUGAUUUUUCUUUGUAAUGUGAUUUGAUUUGAAAAUACGUUUUUCACAUUUUCCUGUCAACUUGCAAGCUGGUAAGCUAAGCAUUAACAAUCUCAACGUACGAAAAAAGUCAAGUGCGAGACACUUGUGACGUGCUAGGUCCAUUUCUGCUACAGCCACAUCAAUUUCACAGUAUCAAUGUAAAUUUGACUACUGGCUAAUCUCUUUGAUUAAGCUUCAGAGCAGCUAAGCGUACCAUGCUAGUUAAUUGUUACCACUCACCAAAAUAUGAAGUGAGGAAAGUGGCCAUUAGUUGCCAAAGCAUCACUACUGUAGAAUGUUUUACUUUUUCAAUGUAAACCGCUUAAAUGCAAUGCUAGCUAGCAACUAGCGAGAAGGGUCACUCUUAAAUAGAUUUGUACCAUUUGUUUUAAUUUAUUAUUUUUUACCCCCUUAAUUGGACUUGAUUUCAGCAUUUGCCUUUCUUUUUGCCAACUUUUUCAUAUUUUGCAACUUUACUGUUAAGACAUUUGGAUGUGAUGAAAAUAAAGAAAUUAUCCUCAUCA